UCUGAAGAUCUCUUUCAUUGUGGAUAAUGGAUAUAGUUUUGCCCCCCUCUAUUCCCUUGCUGCUUGUUUCCCUCGAAUCGCUCUGUGUGGCGAAGCCAAACUAAACUUCAUGUGCAAUUCUGACUCUUAUCCCUCUCUCUCUCUCUCUCUCUCUCUCACUCACACAUCACUACAAGAAUGAAAUCACGAGAAAAAUAUCUCUCAAAGCUGGGCCAAUCUCUCUCUCUCUCUCUCUCUCCUCCAACGCCAACAAAUUAAACUGAAACCCUAGCGCGAAUCUUCCCUCCCGGAAUCCAAGUGCCAUCGCCAUGGACGUGGCUUAUCUGCAACAGAGCAAAUGCAUUUCAUCCCCAAUUCGUCCCCUCUCUGUUCUCGCUAGGGCUUCCAUUUCAGCUCGCAGGUGCCGCGGAAACGUUAACUCCUUCCGGCGUAGAAGAAUGUGCUCGGCUUGCAUUUCCGAUACCUUAGUUGCCGGAACGCGCAAAGAGGAUGGGAAGCACCCGGAGGUUGUGAGCAAGAAGGAAGAUGAGUUCGGAGACUUGAAAUCCUGGAUGCAUAAGCACGGACUGCCUCCUUGCAAGGUUGUUCUCAAGGAACGACCUUCACACGACGCGAAGCUUCGGCCCAUCCAUUAUGUUGCCGCCAGCCAGGAUCUUCAGGCGGGAGAUAUUGCAUUUUCUGUUCCGAAUUCCUUGGUCGUAACACUUGAGAGGGUUUUGGGGAACGAGAAUAUUGCGGAACUCUUGGCAACAAGCAAAUUAUCUGAACUAGCAUGCUUGGCACUUUAUCUAAUGUAUGAAAAGAAGCAAGGUAAGAAGUCUUUCUGGUAUCCGUAUAUCAGAGAGCUUGAUCGUCAGAGAGGAAGGGGGCAACUAGCAGUGGAAUCACCCCUUUUAUGGACAGAGACUGAACUUGCUUACCUGACUGGCAGCCCCACUAAGGAGGAAGUUCUGGAGAGAUCUGAAGGGAUCAAAAGAGAGUAUAAUGAGCUUGACACUGUCUGGUUUAUGGCUGGAUCUCUGUUUCAGCAAUACCCAUACGACAUACCAACAGAGGCCUUUCCUUUUGAGAUUUUUAAACAAGCUUUUGUAGCGGUUCAGUCUUGUGUUGUCCAUUUGCAGAAAGUCAGUUUGGCUCGUAGAUUUGCAUUAGUUCCUCUUGGACCACCAUUAUUAGCGUAUAGGAGCAAUUGCAAGGCAAUGUUAACCGCUGUCGAUGAUGCUGUUCAAUUAGUUAUUGAUCGCCCAUUCAAGGCAGGAGAAUCUAUUGUUGUCUGGUGUGGACCACAACCCAAUUCAAGACUGCUUCUGAACUAUGGUUUCGUUGAUGAAGAUAAUACAUAUGACCGCAUAGUGGUUGAGGCAGCAUUAAAUACUGAGGAUCCCCAGUAUCAGGAUAAAAGACUGGUCGCUCAAAGAAAUGGAAAGCUAUCAAUACAAGCUUUUUAUGUCUUUGCGGGGAAGGAGAAAGAAGCUGUCUCAGAUAUGCUUCCUUAUCUACGACUGGGAUAUGUUUCAGAUCCUUCAGAAAUGCAAUCAGUCAUCUCUUCCCAAGGACCCAUAUGUCCAGUGAGUCCUUGUAUGGAGCGUGCAGUUUUAGAUCAACUUGCUGAUUAUUUCGGGAGGAGGCUAGCUGGUUACCCUACUACUAUGAGUGAAGAUGAAUCUUUGUUGGCAGAUUUUAAUCUGGAUGCAAAGAAACGAGUUGCCACGCAGCUUGUGAGGUUGGAGAAGAAAAUGCUAAAUGCAUGUUUGCAGGCAACUGUUGAUUUGAUAAACCAGUUACCUGAUAACACUGUAUCUCCAUGCCCAGCGCCUUAUGCGCCUAUCCUGAAGUGAAGAACUAGCCAAUCCUCCUUGAUGAAUAAUCCUUUGAAAGCUUUGAACUAAUUUGCUUGGGUCUGUACUGACAUGGCAGAGUCUUGUCUCCAUGCUUGAUCAUUACGCUAACAGUCAAAUAGGUGGACUUAUGCAGAACUAGCCAAUCCUCCUUGAUGAAUGAUCCUUUGGAAGCUUUGAACUAAUUUGCAUCCCACGCUUAUGUAUCAGAUCAGAUCAAACAGGAGAACAUAUAGAAGAUAGAUUUAGCUUACCAAAGAAAUGGAGUUGGUUAGCAGCUUAGCGUGGUACGCAUCUGCAUGAUUUGAUAUUUUACUUCGGCGUGAAAUAUGCCAUGCAAGGUCUUUAUUUCACUUUUGGUAACCCCCCCCCCCCCCCCCCCCCCCCCCCCCCCCCUUACAAAGUUAUUUCUCUUGCACGCUGGGUUUGAUUUAUAGUGUUCCAGCCUCACUGUGUAGAUGCACAUAACUUGGACAAGGUCACGUCUUCCUGGACCCCGGUAGAGAUGAUUGGUUGACUUCUGUAAAUGCUAACUUGGUGUUAAUUUCAUCCUCGUUCUAUUUGAAUAUA